GUAACAACAACACUACUACUGGACGUGGCAGAGCCCCUGCCCCUCCUUCGCAAUCUGAGCAUGAGCUUAAGAGACCCAUUUUCUUUAGCAAAGAAGACGCGACUGAUUUGACCACUCCCUCUAAAAUCCAAAUUGGAAAUUCCCUAGACAGCAACCUCCCCUCCAGUAUUUUAUCUGCCCUGUCUAGUGCCGGCCGUGGAAAGCCCCUCGCUAAACAAUUGCUUCCUGACGACAUGCCUAAGGAAGAAAAUCGCCACCUCAGGUCCCGUCAUAUUGCUAUAGGGAGAGGCCAAGUAUCCACUGACACUAAGAGCAGUGCAACCCCAAAGUUGAGCCGCGAGGACGCUGUGAAGAAGGCCGUGGGGAUAUUGUCGAGGGGAGGUGUUGAUGUGGCAGACAGAGCAGAGGACGGUGGGACGGGAAGAGGCAGUUUUAGAGGGAGAGGCACUCGUGGCGGUGGUGGCCGAGGGAGGGGCUGGAGAGGUAGAGGAAGAGGCGCAGGAAGAGGAGGCCGUGGGGUUCAAGAUGCGGACGAUGACUAUGGAGCUGGCCUUUAUCUUGGUGACAAUGCUGAUGGUGAGAAAUUGGCUAAGAGGAUUGGGCCCGAGAAUAUGAAUAAAUUGGUGGAAGGAUUCGAAGAGAUGAGCGGUAGUGUGUUGCCUUCUCCUAUGGAUGAUGCCUACUUGGAUGCUCUCCACACUAAUUUCAUGUGGUUUUGAAGAUUGAAUGCGAACAGAGUACUUGAUGGAGGAGUUUGGUACAAACCCAGAUAUUGACGAGAAGCCGCCCAUUCCUCUUUGGGAUGCACUUGAGAAGAUGAAGCCAUUCCUAAUGGCUUAUGAGGGAAUUCAGAGCCAAGAAGAGUGGGAGGAAGUUGUGAAAGAAACAAUGGAGAAAGUCCCUGUUAUAAAAGAGCUUGUGGAUCACUACAGUGGACCGGACAGAGUAACUGCUAAGAAACAACAGGAAGAGCUGGAAAGGGUUGCAAAAACUCUUCCUCAAAGUGCACCUGCUUCAGUCAAGCGUUUUACUGAUCGUGCUAUUCUCUCUCUCCAGAGCAACCCAGGCUGGGGAUUUGAUAGGAAAUGCCAGUUUAUGGAUAAGCUGGUGUGGGAGGUCGCACAGCAUUACAAGUAAGCUUUGGAAUUU